AGUCCAUCGGCGGCGGUGUUUGGGAUGACGGUGAACGGACCGAAACGGGUUUUUGAGCGCGGACGGAACAUCAUGAGCUCGUAUGUGAUGCUGCUUCUGCUGCUGCUGGACAUUUACUCCACGUGUGCGAUCGCGUAUCUGAGCUCUCCUCACGUGGGUCAGGAGCCGCCGUACACGGCCCAGCAGAGCCCGGUGAUGACCAGUCCAGUGGCUCUGACCUCGUCCUCCGCUGCUCCAGCGGUGACUGAUAACGACCUGUCCAAGUGUCCCAGCGGCGGUCUGUGCUCCAGACUCCCGGCCGACUGCAUCAUCUGCGCAUUUCAUCACAACUGCAGCUACGGCCGGCCGACCAGCAUCACCUGCAGAGCCAAAGCAGGCGUUCAGUGUGUGGUGAGAGAGUGCUCUGAUGUGGGCUCGAACGAGCGGAGUCAGCCGCAGCAGAACUUCUCGAUGACGCUGGACUGCCGCUUCUGUUGGCAGCUGGAUCCGUCUCAGUACCGCUGCUCGAACUCCACCAGCUGCAUGACGGUGUCGUGUCCGCGCAGACGCUAUAACGCCAGCUGUGAGGUUCUGGAGCAUGUGCACUGCCUGGGGAAGCGAGUGUUUCAGAAGCGUCUGUUCUGUAACUGGACUGGAGGAUAUAAGUGGUCCACGGCUCUGGCCCUCAGCAUCGCUCUGGGUGGCUUCGGAGCGGACCGCUUCUAUCUGGGCCAGUGGAGGGAAGGUCUGGGGAAGCUCUUCAGCUUCGGCGGUCUGGGCAUCUGGACGCUGAUCGACGUGCUUCUGAUCGGGGUGGGAUACGUGGGGCCGGCCGACGGCUCUCUGUACAUCUGAGGGCUUGACUGUGACUCUGACUCCAUCCCAGAUUUCCAACCCGAUUCGCACGUGUCGCGUCCAAACUCCCACUGCGGCAGAUUCCCAUCUGUGUUCGUGCCUUCAGCAGCACGUCUGACAGACCAUCAGAGGAAGACUGCAGCGUUACAGACGAUGCACAGUUCGGAGGAUGUACAGUAUGCAUCUAAACUCAUCUGUGUCGGUGUCAUUUUACUGCUGUAUGUAUAUAUGUGUAUAUAUAUAUAUAUGUGUGACGCUGGAGCACAAA